GUCAGUGCUGUGCGCCGACUCCAUUCCUUUACCAGCAGCCAUUCAGCGUGACAAGAUCUAUAUAGAGUGCAAUUUUUCAUCAUGUUUGCUUUCUCAGCCUUGGAAGCUCAUCCUCUUGGCACUCGACCUGAAUAUAUUCCUGUUUUCGCUCUGGGAGUCGCCACCGAAACUAGUUGUAAGGCUCGGGUGUAGAAAGAAAAUGAAACCGCCAGCGAAGCAUCUUCUCCCUGUUGCCAGCCGCAGCUAUUCUUUGUGCGGCAAGGACCCUGUUACCGGACCAAGAGAAAGACGGACACCUGUGACGCAUCCGAUUUUUGGCGAGUUGGAUCGAAUGGUGCUGGGUCAACCCAUUGGUGGGGAAACAUGUCAAGGUUGAAGGUUUUUUGGAGGGAAGUCUUGGGAUACAUCGGACACAAGGUGUACUUUCAGACUCCAGACAUUCAUGGGUUCAUGGCGCCUUCUGCACGUGAGCUCUUGAAGCGUGUGGAGAACGCCUUGGGCACUGAUCGACGCGAAGUUCUUGAAAGCCUACGAAAAAAUGGAAACCUGCUGGCAAGGAUCCCAGAAGAGCUACGAACUGACAAAGAAGUGGUUUUAACCGCGGUUCGCCAAUGUGGCUCCGCAAUGGAGUUUGCUCUGGAACCCUUGCGAAGUGACAGGGAACUUGCACUUGAAGCCGUCAAACAAUGUGGACAUGCUUUGGAGGUUGUGGAGCCUUUGUUCCAGGCAGACAAAGAGAUUGUCCUUGCUGCGGUCUCGGAGAACGGCAAUGCCAUCCAGUACGCGGACCUAAGCCUUCGCAAGGAUCCUGUCUUUUUGCUGCAUGCGCUGGGUCAAGGCGCUGCUGCAGCAUCGGCCGUUGCCUUCGCAGAAGAACUCUUGCAGGAUCCUGCGUUCCUCAAGGAAGUGGUCAGAAGAAAUCCCUGGACGCUGGGUUUUCUGCCGGAGCCUUCAAGGCGAGAUCCUGACAUUAUACGAGAAGCUGUUCAGAGAAACGGCCGACGUUGGAAUCCUCUGCAUCCCAAUUGCAAAAGCAGCGGUCGAAGCACUUGGACGCGUCGAUCUCCAGAUUCAGCGCAGCCCUCACGCGUGAGGGCCGUAGGGCCGUGCCCAGUCGGGAAAGGCAUGACUUGUUUUGGCCGUGCUGUGGCGAGGGACCGUGAUCGGUAGAGAUAGAUCUGACACUCGCCCUCGAUCGACCAAAGUGGCCGGUCGCGUCUGCGCUUGUUUCGAUCGAAG